UAUUUUCUUGGUGGUCUUCUUCCACAGCAAACCCAAUGCUAAUUUUCUUGGUUUCCUUUUUCUCUGUCAUUCUGCUUUCCAAAUCGUUUCCUUUCAAAAAUGGGGCUAAAAUGGAGUUAUAUUUUGUACCCUGGUUUUUUGAUAGACUAAAGAAGAAGGGUUUUGGUUCCAAAGUGGAGAAUGUGAAGGAGAAGGAGAAGGAAGAGGAGAAGGGGAAGGUAUCUCUGUUGGAUUUACCGGAAUUGACUCUGGAAUGCAUUCUGGAUCGGCUUUCUCCGGCGGAAUUAUGCGCUAUGGCUGGAGUUUGUUCUUCUUUGAGGGAGAGGUGUUGCAGCGAUCACUUAUGGGAGAAACACAUGAAGCAGAGAUGGGGCAGAGUCAUUGGGGACGCUGCGCACAGAGAAUGGAAAGGGCAUCUUGUCUUCAGAAGAAAGAGUUCGGAGCCCUGUUCUAGGAGCAAGAAAAAGGGGUUCCUGAGAAUUUUAUUCAACACCAUAUUACCGGAAAAGGGGGCCGAUGGCCGGAGGACCUCAACGCCGGCGGACUCUGUCAUGGCAUGGUAUAUUUCCCUUGAGACCGGAGAAUUCUGGUUUCCGGCUCAGGUUUACAAUCGAGAGAAUGGGCAUGCUGGGUUUAUGCUGUCAUGUUAUGACGCCAAACUCAAGUACAAUCUCAGGACAGACAACUUCCAAGCAAGGUACUCUGCGCAAGGGCGAGCAAUAGAGGAGAACAUAUCAUGGGACAGGGUGAGAGUGGCACCGAUGGAUACUCCGUCGCACGAUCUUCACACCUCCGAUUGUUUACACGACUUGAAACCCGGCGAUCACGUCGAGAUUCAGUGGAGAAGAAGCAAAGAAUUCCCUUACGGUUGGUGGUAUGGCGUUGUUGGUCAUUUGGAAUCAUGUGAUGGGAAUGAAAAUCACUGCCAUUGCCGAUUUAGGGAAACCGUGAUGUUGGAGUUCAGGCAAUAUCCGGCGGGCUCGAGAUGGAGGAAUACGACAGUAAAUCGGAAGGAUCACCGGGAAGUGGGAAAUGAAGCCGAUGGAUUUUACGGCGGAAUGAGGAAGCUAUACAAGGAGGAAGAGAUCUCCAUGUGGAAGAGGUUGUGGCCAAGUCAAUGACACUCACCCUUUCUUCCCUUUUUGCUGUGUAUAUGGUCCCUUUUUUUCCCCCAAUUAGUGGCAAUGGGUAACUCAAGACCCAUGUAGUUUACCGCUUUGUAUACAAGCUGUAUUAUACUUUGUGACUGAGUUUUUCUGUCCUCAGUUAGUGCUGAAAUUUUUAAUAAUUACUUGAAUCAAUUUUGUGGGAAGAGAGAUAUGUAAUUUCUCACACUACGGCCCACAUUUGUACAUCUUUAAAAAAAAAAAAUUGCUGAU